GGAAUCUCUAUGGCACAGCUUGUUGUCAGGCAGCCAUAUCCCAAUGACUGUCAUCGCUAUUACGAAAAGUCCUUGUGGAGUUGUCCCCCGAACUUUUACUGGAAUGACCAACUAAAGCGAUGCCAAUUACAACCGAUCGGUGGCUGCUCUUUUAAUGAUUCUUCACAGGACUCUGGAUCUUCUUCUGUCAUCGAAACUUACAGCAUACCCUCUAUAUGUGACAAGAAGGUUGGUCAACUGAUUCCCUACCCAGGUGAUUGCACCCACUUUAUUCACUGCGAUUACUUGCCCUUCGUAAAGACAUGUCCGCAAUAUCUGUUCUGGAACUCUCGCCUACAAACCUGCGACAAAAUCUGUGUUUAA